GUCAGCUGACCAACGCGGAAGUGAAGAAUCAGUCGCAACAUUACAAAGCUUCGUAAACACUGUUCGUGAGAGGUUAUUGCCUCUUUGUGUUGUUGUUGUUGUUGUUGUUGUUGUGCUUUUCGUGACAACAUGGUUCGAUGUUUCCUGAUCCACACCGUGUGCCCGGUCAGCGCGCUGAGUUCCGGGGAGAGUCGGGUGCUUUACUCCCGGGUCUUCGGUCCAGAUGAGGGCGCCUGGUCCGACCCGGACCGAGGACUCAGCCCGGAGGAGAGAAGACUUCUGCAGAAGGAGAAGAUCACUGUGGUGGCGAGGCAGGUCCGGAGCGCCGUCUCUCUGUCCCGGGAGGCCUCGGGUCGGCUGCUGGUGGAGACGGUGUCCGGCGAGGAGGCGCUCGCCCUGCAGGAGGCCGACGGCGGAGUGGCGCGCCUGAGAGCCGGAGACCCCUUCUCCGAGGAGAUGAGCGCCUUGUGGCUCGCCGUACAGAGUCUGGGCUUCACGCUCGUCUGCGAGCCCCACGAGAACCUCCUGCUGGCCGAGGGAACCCUGCGUAACCUGACCCGACACUGCCUGGAGACUCUGCACAUGCUGGGGCCGGGCAGCGAGGUCCUGCUGAGGAGCAACCGCGUCGACGCCCUGCUCAGCCGCCUGCUUCCUCACGGGCAGCUCCUCUUCCUCAACCACCGCUUCGCCCAGAGUCUGGAGAAGGAAGUGGCAGCUUACUUGGCCAAGUGAAGCCGGAGCUGCGUGAGCUCAGUUAAUGCUGUACAGCGGACACACCGGCCCACUGUUGUUUACCGUCGGCGGUAGAAGAGGAAGGGUCGGACGCACCGGCAGCUGCUGGUUUCUGAUUGCAUGAAGUGGUAAACACACCGAGUGGUAAAUAUCUCCCUCAGCCACUCGCAGCUCCCUGGUGACUUUUUUGCCGUGUGGGAGGAAUCAGUUCAAAUCCUGUUUGUCAAAUUGAAGAGUAGAAAAGAAAAUGAGUGCGGCUGAAGAGGCUAGUUAAAACCUACUCGUCAACUUCAGAGGUGUCGAUUCAUCCGAUUCACCAUACUUUAAAUGUCAUCGUGUGACCUUGAGGAACCAGACUUCACCUAUUUUGUUUUUUACGGGGGGUUGGGGGGGGGGGGGUGGGUUGCGGGGGAUUCUGGGAGUAUAAGUGAAUCAGAAAGUGCUUUAUUGCCUCACCGUGACUUCUAAAUGCACCUUUUGUUCCAGAGGAGUGGGAGGAAACCAGCGUUUGUUUGUGUGCUUAGUACAAAAAACGGCAAAGAAAGAUAAAAGUCAGAACUUUUUAAUGUCACUUUGAUCCAAAAAUGCCAUCGUUGUUGAGACAUAUGAGGACAACGAAAACGGUAGGAAGGGACAUGAAAUAUUGUUAAAAAAACAGAUUGAAUGAUGAUAUGUAGAGAUGUUGGCGUGCAAAAUACAGAAUAAAACUGUAUAUGAGGAAGUACAACAGAAACAUCCAGACACCAAAAACGACUCAUGUAAUCCUGUACUUGUGAACAUAUGUUGUAUCUCCGACUGUGGCCCCCCCGUGAAGACAGACUCUCCUGCUCCUCCUCCAGGUCUCAUAGAAACCAACCAGUUUUUUUUUUAUUUCUGCUGGCAGCCAAAAUCAAAAACCAGAGCGAUGAGAAGAAAAAAAAAUCUGUCUAGAUGCCAACAUCAAUUGCUUUGAUCUUCUCCUUUUUUUCCCCCAGUAUCAAAGAAAUAAAACUCAUUUUUAGCACCA